UUCACUCAUCACCCCUAAAAGUCUCACCCUUUCCUUUUUCUUCUUGUUCGAGAAAUCAACAGAACCAGAACAAAACCUUUUUCAAAAAUGUCAGACACCAAUCCUGAAUUGUCAAACUUCAACGCCCUAAACAUUGACGUCACAGAAUCAAUCCUCUCCCUCCUCCCAAUCCCAUCCCUCGUCCGUUUCUCCUCCGUCUCAAAACUAUGGCGCUCAAUCAUCACAUCCCUCCCUCCUUCCCCUUCCUCCUCCUCUUCACCAUGGCUCUUCCUCUUCGGCAUCCACAACACCUCCUCCUUCCACAACCAAUCCUUCGCCUUCGAUCCUCUCUCCAACUCCUGGCUCCGCCUCCCCUUCCCCUCUCUCCCUUCCCUCCACCUCGUCGGAUCCGACCGCUUCCUCUUCACCACCGCUCCUCGAUUCUCCUUCUCUCCCAUCUUCAAACCUAACUGGCGUUUCACCUCCCCUCUUCGUUUCCCCAGAAUCAACCCCCUUCUCGCCGUUUUCUCCACCUCCUCCAAGCUCAUCCUCGUCGGCGGAGUUGGAUCCAUCGGCGGAUUAGUCAACAUCGACGAUCGCUUGCCCGUUCAAAUCUACGAUUCCACUCUCGAUUCAUGGGAGCUUUGUCCUCCUCUUCCCGCGGCUUUCCGAUCCAACGCUCACGAAACCCUCAGCUCGGCUCUGUACAAACGCAAAUUCUACUUCUUCGAUAUCAGUUCAUGCUUCAUCUCCUCCUUUUGCUUGGAUACUUACUCAUGGAGCGAUGUCCAAACACUUAGACCACCCGGGCUCCUCUUCGCCUUCCUCAAUUCAUGUAACGAUACGCUUGUUCUCGGUGGGAUGUGUAAUUCGGAUCGCGGAUUCUCGUUUAAUCUCUGGAGAAUCGAAGAAGGUUCGAUGGAGUUUAGUGAAAUCGCGAUAAUGCCUGAGGGUUUGUUGUGUGGUUUGGUGGAUAAUGAGGAUGAGGAAGAUGGUGGUAACAAGUAUAGGACUUUGAAAUGUGUUGGCUCUGGGAAUCUUGUAUAUGUCUUUAAUGAAGAUGGUCAUAAGAAGUAUCCUGCUUGUCUUUGUGAGAUUGGUGUGGAGAAUGGCAAGUGUAGAUGGAGAAUUGUGCCUCAUUUGCCUUCUCCUGUUAACAAGUUUCAUAAACUUGUCACUUUCUGCUCUACUGUUUCCAUUACCGAUGUUUUCCACUCUCAAAUUGGUGCUUGAAACUUUCCUUUACUUAUACGCCAAUGUGUUUAUGUAAAACGGAGAAGAGAAAUAAUGGAAAGUGUACAAAGAUGGCUUUCAAUUUAUUAUGGUAAUCAUAUGUAUAUUUAAUUAGGUGAUAUUAGUGAAAACGUAGUUUGUAAUUCUUCCUUGAUAUGUUGCUAUGCUAACUCUUUUGUAUGAUUCCAUAUAAUGUAUGUGUGUUUAUGUCAUUGUUUCUUCAUAAGAACCUCAUCGUUUAC